CUCUUCACUAUUACGUCAUGCGCGAACAGCUGGUCCGUUGCAAGAGCUGAAAAUGUGGACAAGCGUAGCGAUAUAAAAAUCGCGUCCGUGCCGUCGGGGCGUAAACAGUCAGUUUAUCACGAUGUGGUGGCUGGAAGGGUUUCGGUCGGGGACGCGCCGCCUGGAGAUCCUGUUGCUUGUUUACACCUUGCUCUGCUGUGUCGGAGAUUGCCUGUUUGUCACUGACUAUUUCACCCGGACGCCUCGCAAGCUCAACGCCUACCGCUCUUUUGCCAGCGUGGAGCUGUUCCACUUCAACGUGCCUGACGACACCGUGGUGGCUGUUUGGAACCUCAUCACCUUCAAGGAGCAAGGGGGCACUUUUGGAGACAGCUGCCCAGACCGCAACGUCACAGUGUACUUCAGGUCAGGAGCUCCACCUGUAAUCAACCCCCUCCAGACGCGUUUUCCAAAGGACACCAUCGUUCCAGGCUCCUUCGCUGUCACUUUGACAUGGACGCUGCCCAACCGCACCACAGGGGUGUUCAAUGUCACCAGCCCCCUCCCGGGAGACUGGUUCCUGGCCGCUCACUUACCAAAGGACGAGGGCAAGAUCUCAGUCAAGGGUCUUCAUGAGGAAUGUCAGUACCUCUUUCAGCCUCAACUCAUCGUUCAGAGACUCAUCGGGAUUUCGGUGCUUUAUCCUGGUUACUUCAUUGACCAGAUGAUUCCACUUCACAACAGAUCUGUGCUCUACAAAGUUUUCAUCCCAAACUACAUCUCUCGGGUGAAGGUGCAGCUCGUGGACUGUAACACUAAAAACCGUAGCGGUGAGAGUUGUCCAGUUCUGCUGAAGAUUCGCUCCAGGGCUCCGCCGGUCCACAACUCCAGUGCCAUGGACUGCAGAGAGAACGUUCCAUGUGAGCUGGAGGUCCCGCUGCCGUCCUGGGAGCAGUGGUAUUACAUUCUGGUGGAGCGAUAUCUCAGCAGCUCAGAUGUUUAUUUCCGCAUUGGUGUUCAGGUUAAAGACUGUUCCAAGCCAACUGUCUCCAAAGGCUCCUCAGCAAUGAACAUGCCCCAGUCAUUUGGCACUGCGAUGGGUUUCUCUCUGUCAGAGACCCUGCCUGCUGCCAGCCUGCCUAACGUGCCCCAGAACGCUUCGGAUCAAGCAUCUCUAUUAGCUGCUGAAGACAGCAUCACUUAUUUAGCACCAACAGCCGACACAAAUAAAUGCUGGCCAAUCCGGCCAACGCUGCGCAAUGAACUGGACACAUUUUCAGUUCAUUUCUACAUCUUCUUUGGACCCAACAUUUCAAUUCCUCCGGACCGGGCAGCCAUAUUUGCCAUCAACCUGAUGCCUGUACUGGAUAGCGGAGGUGUCCUCAACAUGGAGCUCAAACUUAAUGUGUCUUCAGUGAAAGGAGAGAAUAUUACGAUCUUCGGCUGUCUGAAUCAUGGGAUGCCACUGUCUCUUCAUGACAACACGUCAGUCUCAUGUGAAUCUGAAUCAGUUUCAGGAUUUCAUCUCUCGAUUAACAACACCUCAAAUAUCACCAAGCUGAGGAUUCCCUACCCACAGACGGGCACGUGGUAUCUGAGCCUUCGCUCUCUGUGUGCCACUGAACACGGGUUUGAGAUGUGCACUAAUGUAACAGCCGAGGUUUACCUUCGCUCUUACCUGACGCCCUGCAUCAAUGACUGUGGCACUUAUGGCCAGUGCAAACUUCUGCGCACCAACAACUACCUGUACGCUGCAUGCGAGUGCAAAGCAGGUUGGGAUGGCUGGGGUUGCACAGACAACACUGAGGCAUAUUCCUAUGGCUUCCAGUUGCUAUCAACUCUGCUUCUGUGCCUCAGCAACCUGAUGUUUGUCCCACCGGUGACUAUCGCUAUUCGCAGUCAUUACCUGCUGGAGGCAUCCGUCUAUAUCUUCACCAUGUUCUUUUCCACUUUUUAUCAUGCCUGUGACCAGCCAGGCAUUGUGGUCUUCUGCAUCAUGGAGUAUGACGUGCUGCAGUUCUGUGACUUCCUCGGAUCGCUCAUGUCUGUGUGGGUCACUGUCAUCGCCAUGGCCAGACUCAAGUCCAUUAUCAAACAGGUGCUGUAUUUACUGGGAGCAAUGGCUCUGUCUAUGGCCCUACAGCUAGAUCGACACGGCCUGUGGAACCUCUUGGGUCCCAGUCUUUUCGCUUUAGGCAUCAUGGCCAUCGCUUGGACGGUGCGCACCAUCCGCAGGCGCCGCUGUUACCCUCCGACCUGGAAGCGCUGGGUGUUUUUCCUGUUCCCAGGCACCACCAUCGCCACAUCAGCAGUGGCUUUAUACGCAUUCGUGGAGACAGAGGAGAACUACUUCUACAUCCACAGCAUCUGGCACAUGCUGAUCGCCGGCAGUGUUGGCUUCCUCCUGCCGCCCCGCGCCAAACCGGACGUCAAAGUCAGUCCCCUGAAGCGGCGGCGCGGCUGCGGGUACCAGCUCUGCGUCAACGAGCAUGAGGAGAUGGGACUGGUGGAUCCCGCCAUCAUCACCAUCAACAGCAUCUGCACCAGCUGAUGACCCUCGCGCCCGCUCAGACUUUUACCUGCCUUUCCUCUCCUUCCUUUGGGAUACAAAAACACGGAAAACAAAGCCAGAGAACUUACUGAUGCACUGUAAAUAACUUUAGAGCAAAACAUGCUCGCAGACACACACACACUCGCAAAUACACUGCCGGUCGAAAGUUUGGAAUUUGAAUUUUUUUCAUGUUUUUUUUUUUAGGAGAAGCCUAUUGUGCUCACCAAGGAAGACGGUAAAAUUGUAAAAUUAGAUUCAAAUUUUAAACAACUGUUUUCUUAAUGAAUGUUUCUUAAGAUGAAGCAUAUUCCUAUUAUUUAAAGAUGUAUUUAGCUACAUUUUCGGUGUCACUUGAUUUUUCUUUUAUAAAAUCAUAUUCAUUUGCUGGUUUAUUGGUCUGUUAUGAUCAAUUGUUAUUGGCUCUCAAUCAUUAAUUGUCCUUAUAUAGUGUAUCAAGGUUGAAUAUUUAGGUUGUAUAUUUACUGUACUACUAUUUCCACUAAUAUUGGCUGCAGCUCAACAGUUUUCAACACUGAAAAUAACAAAAAAUGUGUCUUGAGGUGCAGAUGUUAGAAUGAUUUCUGAAGAGUUAUUUGACACUGUGUGACUUUAAAUCACACAAAUAAAUGAAACUAUUGAACAAGACAGCAGCUAUUGUAAUAAUAUUUAAACAUGUUACAGUUUUUACUGUUUCUGUUCAAAUAAAUGCAACUUGGGUGAGCAGAACAGGCUUUUUGCAAAACAGGCUUCUUUGAAAGACAUUUUAAAAAUCAUAUCGAUCCCACACUUUCGACCGGUUGUGUAGGUACAGUACAAGUUUUUCGUCAUAACAUGGUUAUUUGGAUUACUAUUAUUGUUAAUAUGGUUUGCAUUGUUUGUAUCUGGGAAUGGUUUGUGUCAGUGCAGCGAUGCACUGUUAUUAGUGCAUUAUCUAAAGCAUCUGAGCUGAUUUUGCUGCUGCUACUUGACAGUGACUGUAAAAUUGAAAAACGUGUCAUGUAAUUUAUUCAUUGUUUUUCUGGCACUCAAACGACCAAAUGUUUUAUUGUGUUUAGAGGAUGCAAAGGAAGAACAUUUUGUGGAUAUAUCAAGGGCACUGCUUUCUUUUGAUUGUUCUUUUUUUUUUUACUUUUCUUUCUAAACAUCAUUUGCACUGAGACACAAAAAAAUGUGAUACUGUACAUUUUUUAAAUAUAAGUAUAGUUAUGAACCAGUCACGAUGUGUACAUGUACAUGUAUAGUAUAGUUGUUUUCAGUGGAAUGUCUGAUUGUACUUUGGAUUGCAUUGUAUUGCCUUUGCAGCAUAAUUGAUUGUCGAUUUUUAGAGGGAUUAGGAAAGUUUCCAUUGCCAAGACCAGGUUUUAAUACGAAACCUCAGAUAAAUAACCUCAUAUUUCCUGUUGUAUUUACCUAGUGAGGGUCAGAAGGAGACAUUUUAAAGCAAAAGCAAAUGAAAAAGCAAAUAAACGUUUUAUUUUUUCGGUAUCAAACUUGAUUAUUU